AUGGGCGCAUUACGCAUCAUCUUCCUCGUUGUCUCUCUUCUCGCCGCCGGCACCGUCGUCUCCGCCCACAACAUUACCGCUAUCUUGUCGCAGUUUCCUGAGUACAGCGAGUUCAACAGCUACCUCUCACAGACAAAGCUCAGCGACGAGAUCAAUAGCCGUGAAACGAUCACCGUUCUGGUGUUGAACAAUGGCGUCGUUUCGUCACUUGCCGCGAAACAUCCACUCUCCGUCGUCAAAAGCGUCUUGAGCCUCCAUAUCCUUUUGGACUACUACGACAACAAGAAGCUUCACGCCAUCUCCGACGGCACCACGCUCUCCACCACCUUGUACCAAACCACCGGAAAUUCCCCAGGAAACGUCGGAUUUGUUAAUAUUACAGAUUUGAAAGGUGGUAAGGUCGGAUUCGGCUCCGCCGUCUCCGGUUCGAAGCUCGAUUCGUCGUACACCAAGUCUGUUAAACAGAUUCCGUAUAACAUUUCGGUUUUGGAGAUCAACGCGCCUAUAAUCGCACCGGGGAUUCUAACAGCGCCUGCUCCGUCGGCUGAUGUUAAUAUUACUGGGUUGUUGGAGAAAGCAGGUUGCAAGACGUUUGUGAAGCUGAUUACUGAUACCGGAGUGUUGAAGGUUUUCCAGACGGCGGCGGAGAAGGGAUUGACGGUGUUUGCUCCGAAUGAUGAAGCGUUUAAGGGCGCCGGUGUACCGGAUCUGAGCAAGUUGUCGAAUGCUGAGCUUGUUGCACUGUUACAAUACCACGCUCUGGCUACUUACACUCCGAAAGGCUCGUUGAAGACGACCAAGGAUCCGAUUAGCACACUCGCGACCAACGGCGCCGGAAAGUACGAUCUUACCGUUGAGACCGCCGGAGACUCCGUUACACUUGAUUCUGGAUUUUCCACUUCGCGUGUUGCUAGCACGGUUCUCGAUUCGACGCCGCUCUGUAUUUUUACCGUCGACAAUGUACUUCUCCCAACUGAAUUAUUCGGUAAAUCUCCAUCUCCAGCUCCAUCUCUUUCACCGGAAACUUCUCCGGCGUCGUCUCCUGCACCUGCUGCUCUAUCUCCGGAACCUGCAGCAGCACCUUCCCCAUUCCUUUCUCCUCCUGCUCCUCCGACUUCAUCUCCCACCGCCGGUCCUGCUCCGUCAGAUGGCCCCACCGCCGACUCCCAAAAUAGCAAUGCUAGCAACGCCGUUGACAGCGUCAAAGCUCCGUUGGUUGUCCAUGCCACAUUUACGGUGUUGGUCUUGAUUAUGUCAUACGUUAUGCUUUGA